AUGACUACGGUCAGGAUGGCUCCAACACCCGAAAACAGCUACCUGCUAGAUGCAUUUCUUCAAGGAACGUACUCUGACAUGAAGAUCACCUGUGGGGAUUUCACCUUCAAUGUCCAUCGCCUUGUAGUCUGCUCUCAAUCAUCCUUUUUGGAAGGUGCCCUGCGCGGUGGGUUCAAAGAGUCAAUCAACGGCGUCAUUGACCUACCUGACGACGAUAUCGAGUGCGUCGAGCGCAUACUUUCUUUUCUCUAUGUCAAGGACUACAACGAGACCGGUCAUACUAUGGACCUCAAGUCCCAGCUCAACUCGACUGCAACAGAUACCUCUCAGCACCCAUCGGCAUCUGUCCCUCAAGGAGCCCUCAACAAUAUCGACGUCUACAUCGCGGCUGACAAGUUUGGGAUUUCCAGCUUGAAGAAGUUCUCAGGGGCAAGAGUCAAGAGCUGGAUGAGAUGCAAUGUCAACAUAGAAUCCAGCGCCUUUAUGACUGCAGCGAACAAAAUCCUGGACUGUGGUCCUGACUAUGCCAUCGACCCUACCCUCGAAGAUUAUCUUGUCGAAGCAAUUUCGGAGAGUUUUUCCAAUUCCCUUGUGAAUCAGGCACUUGGUAAUGAUUUUUUUCCUUUGAUUCGGAAAUCUGGGGUCCUCGGCGCAGCACUUGUGGAGAGAUUGCAGGCCUUUAACAAGCAGAACACCACUGAAUGGAAGAAGAAAGACACUGAAUCGAAAAAGAAUGAAGCGAAAUCCCAAGUUCGUAUCAGAGACAUGGAGACUCGCUUAGCAGCUUUUUCGCGGGCAGCAGGAAAACUCCGGGCAACCACGAAGUGCAAGAGUCCAAGUUGCUCAGCGAGUGAGAAGUUCAUUGACGAGGUGGGUAUUGUCAAAGUUCGCUGCUGCAAAUGCAAUACGGAGCAAUAA